AUGGAAAGUAAUUUAAUUUAUUUAUUUCAGGAAGAAGGAUGGGUGGUAUGCAGAGCAUUCAAGAAGAGAACCAGUAGCCAAAACAAAGGCAUUGAAGGGUGGGACUCAAGCUACUUCUACGACGAACUCAACGGUGUCAGUUCUGUCGUUGAUCCAACAGAAUAUAUGAUCUCGAGGCAGCCUCCAAGCUUUUUAGCCCAGAAUUUCAUGUGCAAGCAAGAGACAGAAGCUGACAGUUUGAACUUCAUGCACUCUGAUCAUUUUGUGCAGCUGCCUCAGCUAGAGAGCCCAUCUCUGCCAUUGAUAUCAAAGAGGCCGAGCUCAAUGUCUCUGAUAUCGGAGAACAAUACUGAAGUGGAAGACGAGCCCAAGAAGGUGACUGACUGGAGGGCCUUGGACAAGUUUGUGGCAUCUCAGUUGAGUCAGGAAGAGAGAUAUGAAG